ACCGGAGAGGAGAUCCCCAGGAGUUUGAGAAGUUUCCCAGCUGUUGCGUUGGCUGUUUGACUGUAAAGAUGCUUCCCAGAGCGCUCGCCGUGUUAAUUACUUUAUUCAGCCUCACGGAGGGCAAACAGAAAGACUUAUAUACUUUUAAAGUAGUGAACAGCAGGGGGAAGUUAGUGUCCCUGGAAAAAUACCGGGGUUCGGUGUCCCUGGUGGUGAAUGUAGCCAGUGAAUGUGGCUUCACCGAGGAGCACUACAAAGACCUGCAGCAGCUCCAGCGGGACUUUGGGCCAUAUCACUUCAACGUGCUGGCCUUCCCCUGCAACCAGUUUGGGCAGCAGGAGCCCGGCAGCGACAAGGAGAUCGACAGCUUUGUGCGCAGAGUCUACGGGGUCUCCUUCCCUCUGUUCAGUAAAAUCGCUGUCGUCGGAACCGGAGCCAACAACGUCUACAAGUACCUUGUUGAGUCUGCUGGAAAGGAGCCUGACUGGAAUUUCUGGAAGUAUCUCAUUGAUGUAAACGGCAAAGUGGUGGAUGCAUGGGGGCCAAAGGUUUCUGUCAAAGAAAUCCGACCCAAAAUAGCUGAAAUGGUGCGGCAGAUCAUCCUAAAGAAGAAAGAAGAGCUUUAACCUCCUGUUUAAAAGACCUCUUAGUGUUAGGGUUAGAUUUAAAUUCCCUGGUACAUAACCCAAUGAAGAGAUAAACUGAACACAUUUAUUUUGCUUAGACAAUCAGACUUUGUUAGAAUAAACCAUUAAAUUCACGUCACAUAGCGAAAGCAAGUUCCACUUGCUCUCUGAAAGCAGUGAUGAAACACCACUAGGUUUUUAAAUUCAAUGUCAAAUUUUAUAUCAGGUGGAUGACAUUUGACGCUGCGGCUUUAAGCCAAAGAGCUCCGGUUUACCGUCAUGUGGGUUAUGAGUUUGUUUUUUACGACAGAGCAUUAGGGCCACAUGAAGGGAAAAAAAAUUAAGGAGGAAGAUUUAUUUAUUUAUUUUGCAUUGUGAGAAUAAAGUCGAAAUGUCUAGAAUAAAGUCAACGUGACAAUAAAGUUGAAAUACUUUUUCGAAAAAUAAAGUAGAAAUGUCGAGAAUAAAGUCGAAAAUACCAUUUUGAGAAUAAAGUCGACAUGUCGAGAAAAAAACUUGAUAUUUCAAGAAUGAUGUCGGACUUUUGAGAAUACACCAAACUUCUAGCUUUACCUAUAGUCUUCUACUAAAUGUAUUGUGAAGGCCUAUAUGAACUCGUGAAAUUAAAUAACAAGGAAAUUCUUUCUCUUUUAGCGCAUUAACACAGUAUGGUGAUCAGUAAUAGGACUUUGAAGAGAUUGUGCCAAAUAUUGCGUCUGUUAAGAAGGAGAAACCACACAAACUUGGAAGAGGUGGCCGUAUUCCUGCAAACUGAAAUAGCUUGUAAUGGACAGAUGCAUUUAUUCUUGUCAUUUCGACUUUUUUUUCGAAAUGGUAUUUCGACAUUAUUCUUGUCAUGUUGACUUUAUUCUCGAAAUGCAAAAUAAAUAAAAAAUCUUCCUCCUUAAUUUUUUUCCCCUUGAUGUGGCCCUAAUGUUCCGUCGUAGGUUUUUUAUUCAUUGUGAUUUGUGGAAUAAACUUUUACUGUGAUGAGAGUGA